AAUAUCACUUUGACCUUCCUAAAUUAUAGACACGUAUAAAUAGAUUCCUUAUAAACUAUUAAUGUUAAUUAUGAUCAAUUGUGUAAUCAUUAUUUUAAUUAGGAUCAAAUUUUUUUUAUUAUUCUUUAUAUGAUAUUUGAUUAUAACUUACAAAUGUCAUAACUUCUGUUAUAUAUUAGCACUACAUAUAUAGUGUCAUGAAGUGUCGUGUGAUGAGAAAAUUGGGUAGAUAUGCCAUCAGAUUUGUUUUGGCACUGGAACACCCUGCAAUUCAGGAGAAAGUUUGAGAAGCUUAUAGUAGCCCUUUUACCAAAGAAACAAUUCUUGAUCUGUUCUCAUUGGGUUCAUGACGUGUAAACCUUACCUUUACUACUACUGGAAGCUCUCAGAAACAUCUCUUUAAAUUCUCAAAUUCUCCACACUCUCUCUCUCUCUCUUAUAAAAAGAAGAAGAAGAAGUAGUAGAAGAAGAAGAAGAAACAUUGGGGAAUUGUAAAAUACAGGGAAGAGUGCAGUAGUAGUGAUGAUGGCGGCUUUGGGUCGUUUGGGUUUGAAGAAUGUGGAACAGAGAGUGGUUUGUCCUUGGACUACUAGUUCUUCUUGUUCACUGGGUAGGGCUAUGCAGAAGCAGAGGUGGGGGGCCUCUGAUCUGAUGAUGAGGAUGCUCUGUACUACUAAUACUACUAGUACAUCAUCAGCUUCAGCUUCAGCUUCAGCUGCUGGUGCUGGUGCUGGUGGUACUGAUACUGGUACAGGUGUUGAUGUUAAGAAAUCAUCAUCAUCAUCAUCAUCAUCAGAGAGAGAGGUUGGUAGAGAGGUUUCUCUUUCUGAUAGGGAGGGUCGCAAGAAAUUCAAGCUGUUCCCCAAAAAGCAACGUAGAAAGGGUCUCUGGAGGAACACUUCCGACCAUGGCGACUUUGUUCCUGCUCUCUAUGAAUUCUUCCCCCCAGGGCUAGGGGAUGCACUCUUGCAAGCAACUCAAAACAUCAACAAGCUCUUUCAGAACCUGACACCUUCAGGACUCAUAGGCCGAGUCAAAGAGCACGACGAGUGCUACAAAUUGCGAUUCAACCUGCCUGGUCUGGGCAAAGAGGCCUUGAAAAUCACAGUCGAAGACGAUGUUUUGACAAUCAAAGGAGAGCACAAGGAAGAGGUUGAAGAAGGGUCCGAUGACGAGCAGUACUUGUCAGCUAGGAGCUUUGGCUACUUCAUUGAUACCUGCAUUGUGUUGCCUGAGGAUGCAAAGGUUGAUGAAAUCAAGGCUCAGAUGAAGGAUGGUGUGCUCACUUUUAUCAUACCUAGGAUUGAAAAACCUAAGAAGGAAGUUAAGGAGGUUCCAAUUCACUAAUGUCGAUAGUUUUCUGGCAUGUUGUUAAAGCUCUGUGAUACUUUCUGUGUGCUUAAGACUCGUGUGUAAUGAAUAUAGUUACUUUGUUCAAGUAAGGAAUAAAGAAGUUUGUGAAAUAUU